AAACCUAUUUCUCUAUGCCACAGACGCCAAAUGUCGCCAUCGAUCAAUGACAUUUUGUGUAGUUGAAUUUAUUGAUAUAAAGCGUUAAUGUAAAUAAUAAACAAUAUCAUCAUAAAAGUCGGCUUCCAGUCGAUAUGUAUGCCAAGGGCAAGGGCUCUACGGUGCCUUCGGACGCUCAGGCUCGCGAAAAAUUGGCGCUCUAUGUGUACGAAUAUUUGCUUCAUGUCGGUGCGACCAAAGCGGCGCAAACAUUUCUGUCUGAAAUACGAUGGGAGAAGAAUAUAACACUGGGCGAGCCGCCCGGGUUCCUCCACUCGUGGUGGUGCGUGUUCUGGGACCUAUACUGUGCCGCGCCAGAACGGCGGGACACUUGUGAGCACUCGUCUGAAGCGAAGGCAUUCCACGACUAUGGUUUUGUCAAUUCUGGUUACGGAGUCAACGGUAUCGGCCACAACGCCGGCCCAGCGCCGCCUAACGACGGCAUGGGCGGCGGUGGAAUGCCUCCCGGUUUCUUCCCCAACUCCCCUCUACGACCGUCACCCCCCGCCCCGCACCCCGGAUCGCAACCCUCACCGCACGGACCGCAACCACAGCUAAUGGGCACUGGACAACCGUUUAUAGGAGGACCCUGGUACUCCGGAGGAGGACCCCGAGGAGCUGUCAGGAUGGGAAUGGGCAAUGAUUUUAAUGGACCUCCCGGUCAGGGAAUGAUGGGCAACUCAUUGGAGCGAGGAGGCGGCGGGGUGCUAGGCGGGCCGCGCAUGACGCCCCCGCGGCCCGGCAUGGGCCCCAUGAGCCCCGGCGCCUACGCUGCAGGCAUGCGCGGCCCACCGCCUCAGGGACCAGGUAUGCCACCAAUGGGUAUGGGCCCAAGGGGCGCUUGGGCCGGCGGCAGCGGCGGCGGCGGGGGCGGGGGUGCCGCGCCGCUGAACUACUCCGGGGGCUCACCAGGGGCGUACGGGGCCCCUCCGGGGAGCAAUGGGCCCCCGGGCCCGCCGACACCGAUAAUGCCCAGCCCACAAGAUUCGUCUAAUUCAGGGGGAGACAACAUGUACACCCUGAUGAAGCCGGUGGGCCCCGGAGCGCUGGGGGCCGAGUUCCCCCUGACGGGCGACCACGGGCCGGCGCCGCAGCACCUAUCCCAGCCGCCCGCCGCUGAAGGACUUGGAGGAGUUGACGGGAUGAAAUCGUCUCCAGGAGGAGUGGGAGGAGGAGGGCCGGGCACUCCCCGGGAAGAUUCAGGAUCAGGCAUGGGAGAUUAUAACUUAAGUUUCGGUGGCCCCGGGGGCGACCAGAAUGAUCAGACCGAGUCCGCGGCGAUACUGAAAAUCAAGGAAAGCAUGCAAGAGGAGGCGAAGAGAUUCGAGAAAGAUCCCGAACACCCAGACUACUUUAUGCAAUAAAAAAGGUUUUUAUGUAUUUUGCAAAACUUAUAUUUUGACUAUACGCGCCUUCAACUUGCCGGAGAUUCGUUUUUUUUUAUUAAUUUAAAUUCUGUCUACCGAAUUUUUGGUAGACGUUACUUGAUUUGUGAUUUGUCUACCGAAUUUUUGGUAGACGUUUUGUGAAUUUGUGAUUUGUUUACCGAAUUUUUGGUAGACGUUACUUGAUUUGUGAUUUGUCUACUGAAACUUUGGUAGACGUUACUUAAUUUGUGAUUUGUUUACUGGAUUUUUGGUAGAUGUUUACCAGUUUUGUGAAUUUGUCUACUGAAACUUUGGUAGACGUUACUCAAUUUGUCUACUGAACUUUUGGUAGACGUAACCAGUUUUGUGAUUUGACUAGGAUUUUUUUUAGAUAUUGAAUUUUAUGCGUGCAGAGGCGGUUUAAACAUAGAAAUCACCCUAGGCAAUACAUAAAAGUCACUAAAUUCGAUGAGUAAAAUUAUAACGAGCUGUAUACAGCUAAACAUAUUAAAUUUUGUACAUCAGUAGGUACAUAACCACAUUAGGUAACAAGGUAUUUCUAUCGAUAUUUUCGAUACCCAAACAAAAAUAAUAUUUGGGUAUUUUUUU